CAUUGAUAAAUUUCUGUAUUUUUUGGUAAUUUUGUUGAUUGUCUAAUGUGGAAACACUGAAACAGCUAAAAGAUUAGUUCGAUCGAAUCAAGGAAAAAACGUGACAAAUGGAAACAGGGCCGAAAGCAGUUGACCCAAUUCACUGUAUGCCAACAUUCGCAAGCAUUGCAACAUACUUGGCUGCUCAAAAAGGUAUCGACAAGAUGAAAAUGUUUUAUUUGCACAGUUUCCUUUUCGUACUUACCCUACGUUUUGGAUGCCGCAUCAUAGGCUUUGUUGAGAUUGCCCUAUGUGGCUAUGGAUUCUACUAUUUGAUUGUCACCUAUGGAUUUUCAGAAAUGCUAGAAUCGAUGAUUACCAUAGCAUUGGGCACCUCCUGUCUUCUGACCGUUCUAAUGAUGGUUUCCACUCUCCAGGAUCAUGAAUCAUCGGGUAUUAUUUUCACUUAUCUGAUGUGGGGCAUCUUCACAACAAUAUUCCUGAGUAUUUUCUAUUUGAUUAUGUUCCAAACAAAAAGGUUAACUGUACCUCUAUUCUUCGGCCUGUUCGUCGGCACAAUAAUUACCAAGUGUUAUUCCAUGCUGGUGGUAUUAUCGUUCCUCCACAUGAUAGUCAGUUCCGAUAGCGAUGAUUCAGCAUAGAAGCGAAAACAAUGGAGAUUGUGUGAAAAGAAAAAAAUGUGCAGAAAUCUAUUUUAAAUGUAAAGCACCCAGUGUUCCGUGUAGUCAGUCUAUUCAAUUAAAUAUAUUUUUAUUAGUUUUAUA